AAAAAAGAAUCCACCUCAUGCUUUAUGUAUACUCAGCCUAUCGUAUCUGUUUUUCUCUCAUGCUUGAGGCGUAGGUAUUACAUGCAUGCUCUGGAAUCAGAUAUCUAAUAUGGAUGUCCAUUUCCUAUGUUGUUUGUAUAUAUGCAAAAUGUUGAGUCUUCUACGGUGUAGCCUUUUAGAUAUCGACAAUUACAAACUUUUUUUUGGAGUUACACAAAAAUGUGGGUGUUUUGGCUUCUACAGAUCAUUCAAUGACAAACCAAUAAAUGAGGCUGCUACAGGGCCAGUUGGAAAAGAACUUUUUGAAAAGGAGCAAGAUGAUCUUCUUACAGAUUUGAAAAACAUACCAAAGAAGGCUUGUGAUCGUCGUAUAAAUGAGUUUGUAAAACGUGCUAGAGCUGCCAAGAUACAUUCUUAUAUUAUCAGUCACCUGAAAAAGGAGAUGCCUGCAAUGAUAGGCAAAGCCAAGAUGCAGCAAAAACUAAUUGAUAACUUGGAAGAUCAAUUUGUAAAGGUUCAAAAGGAACACCAUCUGCCACCUGGGGAUUUUCCUAAUGUCGAACACUUCAGGGAAGUUCUGAGUGGUUAUAACAUCGAUAAGUUUGAGAAGUUGAAGCCCAAAUUGAUACAAUCCGUUGAUGACAUGCUUGGUUAUGACAUCCCAGAACUUCUCAAGAAUUUCAGAAACCCUUAUGAUUGAUGAGGCCCAGAGCUGAUAUAGUAUAGAGUCGUUUCUCACAUUCGUGAUGUUUAUCAUAGUGUAUCUUGUAUUCUUAUUCUUAUUUUUACUCCCACAUUGAGACUUGGGCUUAAUAGCGAAUAUGAAGCGAUACUUUCAUUUGGCAAUUAUAGUGGCUUGUAAAUAUGCAUUAAGAAUUCUUUAUUUUU